AAUUCUUUCUCCUUUUUUCCUUCAAUUGCUCGUUCUUGUCCUUUUUUCGUCUGCAAGAUAAAAAAAAAAGAAAGAAAAAAGAACACGCUCAACUGACCAUGACCAGGAAAUGCCCCCCCUCCGAUCCCCGAUGGUUCGGACGAAGAAAUGGUAGAGGCGCCUCCAUCGCGUGAAGCUUCCGAAGCAGCCGAGGAAGAAGAAGCAGAUGACGCGUCAGAAGACAAAGAAGACCUCGAAGAUGAAUCGAAAGUAGAGCCGGAGCCAGAGGCAGAACCAGAACCAGAACCAGAACCAGAACCAGAGCCGGAACCAGUUCAGGAAGAGGAGCCUGCUGCACCAACGCCUGCGCAGGAAUCAAACACUCCGUCGCGAGGAGAAACUCCUUCUCGGAUGGGUAGAAUGUCUGCGAUACCGCGUAAACGUCGCAUAGGUCGUCCUCCCAAGAACCGACCGCCUGACUGGGAUUUGCCCGAUGAGGGUGCCGCCCAGUCCCCAAUUCAUGUCAGCACACCGGUAAAGAGGCGUCGUGGGCGUCCUGCUGCAAGUGGUGGGCGAUGGGCGCGAAACCGGGGACCGUCGCAUGUCACGCAGGUGCCAAUUGACAAGGAAGGGAACAUGAUGGAUGUUAUUAACGACGAAGUCGCCCUUCCAGAGGAUCCCGAGGGCGAGACCAAAGUCGACAAGAAUGGACUGCUUCAGGGCGACAGGGAAUACCGAGUUCGAACAUUCACGAUUCAGAACCGUGGCGACAGGUAUUACAUGUUGUCGACGGAGCCGGCCCGUUGCAUUGGUUUCAGGGAUUCGUAUUUGUUCUUCCAGAAGCAUAAGCUUCUUUACAAGAUCAUCAUUGAUGACGAAGCGAAGCGCGAUCUCAUCGAAAGAGAUAUCAUUCCGCACUCUUACAAGGGACGUGCCAUUGGUGUGGUGACUGCGCGGUCCGUCUUCAGAGAAUUUGGCGCCAAAAUCGUUGUCGGCGGAAGAAAGGUCAUCGAUGACUACGACGUGAAAGGGGCGAGAGAACGUGGUGAUGUCGAGGGCGAACUUGCGGUUCCGGAUGAUAAACUGCCCGGGCCAGGUGAACCGUACAACAAAAAUCAGUAUGUCGCAUGGCACGGAGCUAGUAGCGUCUAUCACACUGGCGCGCCAUCUGUUCCUCUGCCUGUUGGCAAAGCGGUCGAUUCCAAGAAACGCAAGGUAACAGUGACUGGUGACAAUUGGAUGAUUGAGCAUGCACGCGAAGCCAGUAACUUCAACUCUGCCAUCUCGAUUGCCCGUCGUGCAAAUCUGGGGGGUGCCUACGACAUCCACACCAACGCCAUGCAGUAUCCUAAGAUCAUGCAGCCAUCGCAUGCCCGUUGGGAGCGUCUUCCUCCUCCCGACCCUCAAGUUGCCGCCAAACUGAUGAAGGGAAUGUCCACUCUGACCCUUGCAAACGGAACAGACGAAAAGGAACCCUCUCCCGAAGACCAAGGCCAAAGCCAAAACCAGGGCGAGGGCGAAGGUGAAGGUCAAGGCGAGACUCAGGAACAAGCAGGCGAUGAGGAAGGAAAGGACCAAACCGAGACCAGCACCGAAGGAACCUCUAUUUUCUCCACGAUCCCCGCUGCCCUUUCCCGUCGCUUUGCCAUCAACGACAUCCACUACGAAGCCCCACAGUAUUCCAACCAGGGUCUUCCCGGCCCAGACGGCAACGUGCAUGAUCUCGGGCCGAACGGGCUCCUCAGCGCCGCCAACCCCCUGUACCCCGAAUUCGUGGGCGCAGACGUCCUGGCCGAACUGCCACCCGAGUGCAAAGAGGCCCUCAUCGAGACCGCCGCUCAAGAAUGGGAAUGGAAGUCGAAAUGGGGCAGCGAGGCUAGCAAUGGUGCCCGAACUACGCCUUUGAAGAGUUAUGCCUGGUUUCCAUGAUCUUGUCCUUUCCCCUUCCAGCUCUUUCCACCACGGCCGGCCCUUAUCUGAUAUCCCCGAUUUCUGGUUGUUCUCUUUUUUUCCUCUUUUAUAUUCAUUCUGCAUGAGCUGGGUUUUCUUUUCUUUUUUAUCAAAUGGAUGGCAGGGAGAAAAAGGGAGUUUUAUGCGUAGCUAUAUCUUGGUGGUUUUUCUUUUCUGCCUAAUGUCUCUUUUGUUUCUCAGCAUAUGGCUAUGAGGCGAUUUCGGCCCUUAUCUUACACAGAUGUCAAACAAUAAUCACGAAA